CUCAGCCUUUCAUUUCGAUCUCUCUCUGUUGUUCUUGCAUUGACUCCACCUGACCACCUCCAUGGCCGAUCUCAAGGGGCAAGAUGACAUGCGGUUGAGCAGUGUGAUAGAGAGUGAGUGAGAGAGAGAGAACAACAACAUCGAUCGGGGCCGCCGGGCAGGCCUGUGCGGGGGCGCAGCCAGCUCGACGCAGCGGCCAAGAUUGUGCGGCGGCGGCCAGCUCGACGCUAUGGCCAGGACAAGGUUGUGUAUGCGGCAGCGAGGAUGAGGCUUCGAUGCGGCGGCAGGGGCAAGGUUACGCUGGCACCCCGCACCUAGCUACCUCCCGCACUUGAUCCAUCCAACCCGUCGGUGAGUCGAAACACAACGGAGGAGCUGCUGUCGUUGUGGCAUGGGAGCACGAGCCGGUGCCGUCGUCUCGGCGCGGUUCAGCCUCGCAAGUCGGGAUUAACCGGAUAAAGACGCCGCAUUGAUGGCCGUUGUACAUGCCCUUAAGCAAAAAAAUUUCUCCUUGAUGCUUUACAACAAGGUUUGUUUGUGAAUUGCACUGACCAUAUCUCUUAUGCUUGUGAUCGAUACCAUGAAGUGGGUACAUGCCACCGGAAUAUGUAGACAGUGGCGCUCAAAGAAGUUUGACGUCUUCAGCUUGGGGGUUAUAAUUAUAAAACUAAUGGACGGAAAUAAUGGCAGCUCCCGUAGUUGUGAAAUGCCUUCCGAACAGUUUGUUGAACUUGUCACUAACAAAUGGAAGGAAAGGGUGAUGUGCCAGUCAGCAGGGUAUUCAUUACAAGAAAUAAAUAUCCUAGGAGUGAAGACUUGUGUUGAUAUAGCAUUAAGAUGUGUGGACGCUAACCGAAAUAGAAGGCCUUAUAUAAUAGAUAUUAUCAAUGAACUGGAAGAACUAGAAGCUAAAGUUGAGAAAAUGUCACUAUCUUCUGACCAUCAGUCGAAAAAUCUAAAUAGCCUACAGAGAUGGUCUGACUCCAAUGCUCUGGCUGUCGAUCCGACCUCAGAGCUGCGCUUCCCCUUCGAACCGAGGAAGGAUAUAUCAUGCUGUCUUCAACUGACAAACAAGAUGGAUGGCUCCAUUGCGUUUAAUAUAAAGACCAACCAAAGCAAAUAUUACGCAGAGCCAAACAGAGGAAUUCUGCCACCAUGUUCCAAGCGCUAUGUCUUGGUGACUUUGCGAGCACAGGAGGAGGCACCGCCGAAUAUGCAAUGCCAUGACAUGUUACAUAUACAGAGUGUUAAUGUCAGGGAGGACCUGACACCUGAUGGCAUCACUGAAGACUUCUUUGAAAGAGGAAUGGUGGAGAAGGUGGUGGAUGUGAUGACACUGCCGAUUGUUUAUGUUGCCAAAAAACGAAGAAGGGAAUUCUUCUAAGGAGUGGAAGGUAAGAACCUGAAUGUGAAAAGGAUAAAGAUCAGUGUUCUAGAUCUCCGGCUAAGCCAUUUAGCUGCUGGUGUUUUAAACAGCUAUGAGCAGCCAUAGCUUCAGCUAAGCCAUUUAGCGGAUUUAUGAAACUUGGGAAAAAUUAUUGUUGCUAGCCCUGUUUCCUAGCACAUCUCUUUUACUCACUGAAUUGUAUGCAUGUAGAAGCAAGAAAUUAGUAAUUCCAAACAUGAUAUAUAGCAACAUGGCAAGGUCAAAUUUUGAA